AUGAAAAGACCAAAUGGUAUUAAAAACUUUAGAAACUUAUUUUGGCAAUUAGAUGACCUGGAUUACUAUUACAAACAUAGUGACCAACAAUAUAAUUCAAUAGUAAUAGCCGUAACGUGUUGUGGAAAACAGUCUAUUGUAUCGCAAACUAUUGUUAUGAUUAAAUCGAUGUUAAUAUUUUCAAAACAAAAUAUACAUUUAAUUAUUUACACUGAUGUUAAUCACCGGCAACUAUUAAAUGAGUUAUUAGCAUUACCUCAAAAUAAACUUGAUCAAAUAAGCUUUGAAAUAAAAACUGCGAAAUUUCCAAAUGUUUCCGAUCAACAUUAUUAUCGAAAUUUUUACUUAAAAUGUGCGACACAACGCCUAUUUUAUCCGGUAUUAUUGCCAAACAUUGACUCCGUUAUCCAUGUGGACAGUGAUGUCAUAUUUAUGUCACCAGUGGAACAAUUGUGGAAACACUUUGAGUAUAUGACUGGAGAACAGAUGUUUGCGAUGGCCGUCGACAAUAUGAAUCCAAACACAUCGUGGUAUCUGAAGAUUGCACACAACGAUAGCCUACGGAUACCCAAUCCAACCGUCUAUUCAUUUAAUACGGGAAUUAUAUUAAUGAAUUUGACUCAAAUGAGAAAUACUAACUUUUUUGGUGAAAUGGAUCCCAUUUUCAAACAAUACAAGAACCGAAUUCAUUGGAUUGUCAACGACUUUAUGACUAUAUAUUUGGCAAAAUACCCGAACCGUUAUAUGAAUCUAAGCUGUAUAUGGAACUACUUGACCGAUCACUGCGAUGCCGGCCAGUUGUGCACCGAUGCCGAUCAAUACGGUGUGGCCGUAUUGCACGGGAGCCGCAGUACAUUUGUUAAGCCUAGUUUAUGGGCACCACAUGCGGCAGCAUUUCGGAGAUCAGAACCUAAACGGUUUCAGUUCGGUUACUAA